GAAGGUUGGCAACACUGCUGGUGCCAUGCCGAAACUCAUGUAAACACUUUGUCCGGUUUCUAUUUAGGUUUCAUUCUUUUGAAAUUUUAUCGUAAAAAGGAGGAAUUUACCAAAUUUAAAAAAUGUUAGCUAUAAGACAGCAGAUCAGGGGGAUAUCCAAAUCUGCUGCUGCAGCUGGAAAUGCUGCUUUACAGGACGCGGUUCACAGCGGAAGCGACCAACCUGGUGUUAUUUAUAAUUCAGAGCCUUUGAAGGUGGCUGACUACUUUGGAAUCCAGAAAUUAGUGAAAGUGAAGGACAUGUUUGAAGCCAAAGUGCAUUUGGGACACAUGGAAGGCUCACUCCAUCCAGCGAUGAAGCCAUACUUGUACGGAUCGAGACUGGGCCACUGUGUGUUUGAUCUCGACAUUUCAGCUUCGAUGCUCAGGAGAUCACUUCACGUUCUGGCUAACAUCGUGUACAGAAAUGGAGUCAUACUUUUCAUGUGCCCACCGAGCAAAAGUCAGGCCGCCAGAGCCACGGAAAUGUGCGCCCAGUAUUGCAACGAAUUCUCUCAUGUCCGUCAUUGGAAACAAGGAACUUUUACCAAUUCCAGCAAACAGUUUGGCUUGGUCACCAGACUUCCGGACCUGUGUGUUUUCAUGGGCACUCCGCACGACGCCACUGUAGAAUGUGCGAAAAUGAACAUACCGACCCUUGCAAUUCUCGACUCAAAUGCUGACCCCGCAUUAGUUACCUACCACAUACCUGGCAAUGAUGACUCAAUGAGCUCAAUCAACUAUUUCAGCAAAGUGUUCUCGGACACCAUCAAAAUCGCUAAGGCCAAGAAAAAGGAGGACGGAGUUUAACGCCCAGUUAGGAGCUGCGUGUAGCUAUGCUUGUUAGCGAAAUAAUAAAAGUCAACAUUUGUUAAGCAA